AUGUUAUUAUGUAAAGGAGCUGAUUCAAUGAUAAUAAAUUUAAUUGAUAAAUAAAAUAGAUAAAAUUAAGAGUUAUUAUCUAUCACAGAAUAACAUUUAGAGUAAUAUGCUGAAAAGGGAUUAAGAACUUUAUUGUUAGCCUAUAAAGAUUUGAGUAAAUAAUAAUAUGAUGAAUGGAUAAGUAAUUAUUUGUAAGCAGGUUUGUAGACUAUUAAUAGAGAUGAAUAAUUGUUAAAUUUACAAGAUUAAAUAGAAAACAACUUAGUUUUAAUUGGAGGAACUGGAAUUGAGGAUAAAUUAUAAGAUGAUGUUGGUAAUACAAUGUAGAAGAUAUUGAAUGCAGGUAUUAAAAUAUGGGUAUUGACAGGUGAUAAAUUAGAAACUGCUAUAAAUAUUAGUUAUGCUUGUAAUUUGUUAAAUGAUUCAUAAUAAAAAAUUGUAAUUUAAGCAGAUGAUUAAUUUGAAGCAUAAUUUAAAAUUAAUUAAGGUUUAGAUUUAUUAAAAUCUUAAUUCUAAAAUAAUUCAACUGCAUUAAUCAUUUCAGGUGAUUCAUUAAUACAUUUAGAUGAAAAGUAUUAAAUUAAACUUAUUGAUUUGGCUAAAUAAUGUCAUACUGUUUUAGCUUGUAGAGUAUCACCUAAAUAAAAAUAAGAAUUAGUGUAAUUGGUUAAAGAUAAUAUAUAUAAUAUAGUGACUAUGGCUGUAGGUGAUGGAGCUAAUGAUGUAAAUAUGAUAACAGCAGCUAAUAUUGGAAUAGGUAUCAAAGGUGUAGAAGGUAAUUAAGCAGCAAGAGCAGCAGAUUAUUCAAUUGGUGAAUUUAAAAUAUUACAAUAAUUGUUACUCUAUCAUGGAAGAGAAUGUUAUAGAAGAAAUCAAGUAUUAGUAGGAUAUAACUUUUAUAAAAAUCUACUUAUUGUAUUACCACACUUUUGGUUUUCAUUUUACAAUGGAUUUUCACCUCUUAAUUUAUAUGAUCCUUGGCUUUAUCAAUUUUAUAAUAUGUUUUAUACAAGUGUACCUAUUAUGGUUUAUGCAAUUCUAGAUUAAUAAUAUUCAUCUAAAUUUCUAUUAUAAAGUAUUCUAUUUAUAUAUUAUACAUAGAUCCAUAAUUAUAUCAAACUAAUAAUAAAGUAACAUUGCUUACUUUCUUUUUUUGGUUUUGUUCUGGUGGUAUAUAAUCAGCCAUAGUUAUUUAUGCAGUAUUUCCAUCUAUGGAAUAAACAAGUAUAGAUAAAGAAGGAAGAAUCCUCUUUCUAUCAUCAGUAGGUAUGGCUGUAUUUUGUUAUGCCAUCAUUAUAGUAAAUCUGAAAGUCUUUGUAUUUUCUUAUAUGAAUUCUAUAGGAUCUGUGCUAUUUAUAUUUGGGUCUAUAUUUCUUUAUUUGUUAACUUAUAUGGUAUUAUCAUAAUUUACAAACAAAUUGGAUAUUUCACAUACAUUCAUUCAUUUAUUUUCAAAUGUUUAAUUUUAUUUUAUUUUGAGUGGAAUAUUAGUUUUAACAAUUCUAUUUGAUUUAGCAUUAUCAAGAUGGUAAAUAUUCUCAGAAUAAUAAUUAUUUGAAAUACGUAAAAUUAGAGAUGCAUAAGAGCCUGCUUCAUCUGAAAAAUCAAGAUUUGGAAGUACUCCUCCUUCAUCAUUAAUGCCUCCUGAUAAAUUUGAGAAUUUAUUCUAAGAAGAAGAGGAUAUCUAUGAUGAUACAUCAGUUCUUCUACCAGUAAAACCAGUUAAGACUAGGAAAUAUACUGGUUAUGCCUUUGCUUAAUAAGAGAAGAAGCUAGAUGAAGCACUUAGAAAUGCAGAAAAUUGA